AAUAGUAAACAAAGCUUCUUUCCCCUUUGCAACGCAGCCACAAAAACGACAAAGAAGAUGGUGACGCUGAUCGUGGCGACGACUACCGACCCGGCCUCCGUCAACCCGGCCAAUGCCCUCCUAGCCAUGCCCGGCUGGGACCCCUCCCCUUCCUGUUUACAGGACAUGAAGGGGUUUGUCAACGGAGGAGGAGGAGGAGUCAGGGUUUUGCUGCACGGUAGGGGAAUUGUGGAAGAAGACGACUUGGACAAGCGGUGGGAGGAGGCCACCGGCGAGCGAGUCGACGAGGUGAUAUUUCUGAGCAAACACACCGCCGUCUCCAACCGGCCGGCACUGACCGUGCACCCGAUCGGGAUCCCUCAUCUACGUGAAGGCAAGGCUGGACCGCAAGGCGGAAAGCCCGGUUGGGCUGCGCCGCCGAGCCCCCGCAUUGGUCCCUGGCUCCGGCACCUGAAAAAGCUUGCUCAAGCCCACAACUUGGUUCCUGAGUUCGAGAUUACUUUGGAGGGUACACAUCAUGGACCGGUCACGAAUACAUCUACUCUGUUCUUGGAGAUUGGCAGCACGGAUGAGUACUGGAAGAGGCAGGAUGCAGCACAAGUUAUGGCUCUAUUAGUUUGGGAAGGACUUGGGCUUGGAGGGGAAGCUGCUGUUGGAAACUGGAACGGGGAGAAGGAUAACAAUAAAGUUCUUCUUGGAUUGGGCGGUGGACAUUAUGCUCCUCGGCAUAUGGAUAUAGUUCUGAAAGACGGUGUGUGGGUAGGCCAUCUACUUUCGGGUUAUUCCUUGCCGAUGGAAGAUCCAAACCAGUCCAAAGCAGAAACAAAUGCAAAAGAUACGAAAGACAUUGGUGGAACUUGGAAACAAUCGAUCAAAGCAGCAUUUGAGGCUACCCAGUAUGCUUUCCCUGGUGGGGAAGUUGUAGCUCAUCUUGAUCAGAAGAGUUUCAAAAGCUGGCAAAAGAAUGCUAUAACGGCUUUCCUAGGCGAGCAGAACAUCAAAAUUGGCAAACCCAACGAUUUCUACUAGAUUUGAUGAAUCCCAUUCAUAUAUAGUUCGAUUUUAACCCAAUUUUACUACACAGAUUAUGGCUGUUGCUAAAUGGUAAAUGAAGCAGGAAGCAAAUAUGAAUUAUGAAUGAAAUAUGUAUAUUUUUUUUUCAAAUCAGUUUGUCGUUGUGAUGUGAUGUAAUUUUGGAUUUGAGGCUUCAGUGGAGCCAGAAGUUAAUGAAAAUUAUGAAAACCCAA